CCAGUGCGCGGGCAGCGGCCGCAGGGGUCCAACUGAGGCCGCCCAAGUUAUGAGUGCCGCCGGUCCGAGUACGCGCACGGCCCUGGCUCUCCUGCUGCUGGCCGGGGCCGGGGUGUCGGCCGCCGCCUCGUCCCCCGCUCCGCCGCUCUUCAACGUGAGCCUGGACGUGGCCCCCGAGCUGCGCUGGCUGCCAGUGCUGCAGCACUUCGACCGCGACUUCUUGCGCGCCUCUAUGGCGCGUAUCAUCGGGGAUAAUGUCCCCAAAUGGGUCCUCGCAUUGAUCCGAAAGGCGGUCUGGGAGCUGGAGCUCUUCCUGCCCCAGCCCUUCACCGACGAGAUCCGCGGCCAGUGCGACGCUCUGAACUUCAACCUGGCCGACUGCAUCCUCCUUAACCUGGCCUACGAGUCCACCGCAUUCUGCACCAGUAUUGUGGCUCAGGACUCCAAAGGCAACAUUUAUCAUGGCCGGAAUCUGGAUUACUCUUUUGGAAAUUUCUUACGCAAGUUGACAGUGGAUGUGCAGUUCAUAAAGAAUGGGCAGGUUGCCUUCACAGGAACCACCUUUAUUGGCUAUGUAGGAUUAUGGACUGGUCAGAGUCCACACAAGUUUACCGUUUCUGGCGACGAACGAGAUAAAGGCUGGUGGUGGGAGAAUAUGAUUGCUGCCCUUUUUCAGAGACACUCACCGGUCAGCUGGGUGAUCCGCACUACCCUGAGUGAAUCAGAAAACUUUGAAGCAGCUGUUUACAAAUUGGCCAAGGCUCCCCUUAUUGCUGAUGUUUAUUACAUUGUUGGUGGCACAUUCCCCCGGGAGGGAGUGGUCAUCACAAGGAACAGAGAUGGCCCAGCAGACAUAUGGCCUCUAGAUCCUUUAAAUGGAGCGUGGUUCCGAGUUGAGACAAAUUAUGACCAUUGGAAGCCAGUGCCUAAGAGAGAUGACCGAAGAACACCUGCCAUCAAAGCUCUUAAUGCCACGGGCCAGGGAAACCUCAGCCUGGAGACGCUCUUUCAGGUUUUGUCAGUGUUUCCGGUUUAUAACAACUACACAGUUUAUACUACGGUAAUGAGUGCUGCCAGCCCAGACAAGUACAUGACUAGGAUCAGAAACGCGAGUUAAAAGCAGAGAGUGAAUUCACCUAUGCUAUGAAGAUGAUCUUUUUAAAGGAAAUUUUUGAAGAGCUGCACUUGAAAAAAUAAAGUGAAAAGAUUAUACUUUAUGACCA